CUGGGAAAACACUCCUCUAAUAGAAAAAAAUACGAAACAAGAGAGUCAACAUAAACCUAUUGAAGGAAAACGAAGGUAGAGUUGCGCCUGAGAUCAAAAUUCACCCAAACUAAACAAAGUUCUCAUUUCCUUUCAUCAAUCUCUCUAUAUUAUAUACAUUUAUAUACACACACACACACAAGUUUAUAUUGUUGAGCAUAAAUGCAUCAAAACAAACCCUAAUCAAUAGGACACAGAAAGCGUCUUCCUAUUUUCUAUAUUUGAGAUAGAAACAAGAGGCAAACUGUUUGAAUCUGAAGCCGUGAAGGAGAGAGAAUCGAUGGAGUGAAGUUAGAGAGAGAAAGAUACAUAUAUAGAGAGAGAGGAGAGAUAGAGGAGUUUUGGUAUUUGGUUGAUGGUCUCAUGGGUGCGGCGGGUUCGAAGCUCGAGAAAGCUCUCGGAGACCAGUUCCCAGAAGGCGAGCGCUACUUCGGCCUCGAGAAUUUCGGCAACACUUGCUACUGCAACAGCGUCCUGCAGGCUCUUUAUUUCUGUGUUCCAUUUCGAGAACAGCUACUAGAGUAUUAUGCAAAAUACAAAAAUCCAGGGGAUGCAGAAGAGAAUCUCCUUACAUGUUUGGCAGAAUUAUUUACGCAGAUAAGUUCACAGAAGAAGAAAACAGGUGUCAUUGCUCCAAAACGCUUUGUACAAAGAGUGAAGAAACAGAAUGAGCUUUUCCGUGGCUACAUGCAUCAGGAUGCCCAUGAGUUUCUGAACUUCUUGUUGAACGAACUUGUUGACAUACUGGAGAAAGAGCCCCAUGCAGUGAAAAGUUCGCCAGAAACUUCUUCACCUUCUGAAAAGAUUGCAAAUGGGGCAAAGAAUGCCCAGGCCAACGGUGUUAAGAAGGAUCCAUUAGUAACCUGGGUUCACAAAAAUUUUCAGGGUAUACUUACUAAUGAGACGAGAUGCUUAAGGUGUGAGACAGUCACAGCAAGGGAUGAGACGUUCUUAGAUUUGAGCCUCGAUAUUGAACAGAACAGUUCAAUUACGAGUUGCCUCAAGAAUUUUAGUUCCACAGAAACUCUGAAUGCUGAAGAUAAAUUCUUCUGUGACAAGUGCUGCAGUUUGCAAGAAGCCCAAAAGAGGAUGAAGAUAAAGAAACCACCUCACAUUCUGGUUAUUCAUUUGAAGCGUUUUAAGUACAUGGAACAACUUGGUCGGUACAAGAAGCUGUCUUACCGUGUUGUAUUCCCACUGGAGCUGAAACUAAGCAACACCAUGGAAGAUGCUGACUUAGAGUACUCCUUAUUCGCUGUUGUUGUCCACGUUGGGAGUGGGCCCAACCAUGGGCACUAUGUCAGUCUCGUGAAAAGCCACAAUCACUGGUUGUUCUUUGACGAUGAGAAUGUGGAGAUUAUUGAUGAAUCUGCGGUUCAAACGUUCUUUGGAUCUGCUCAGGAGUAUUCAAGUAAUACAGAUCAUGGGUACAUUCUCUUUUAUGAGACCCUUGCUACCAGUGACAAGAGCUGAUAGUAAGGCAUCUAAUUCGGUGACGUUCCACCCCACCCCCCAGGGAAAAGGAAAAAAAGAAAAUAUGGAGGGUAUUUUUUCUAUACUCUACUUGUUUCCUUUAAUUUCUGUUUCUUUUUUCAUUAAAUGUGAUACUAGCUCAGAAUUUUCAUUUGGAUUGUGUACAAUAGUAGAUUCUGAAGAAGUACACAGUCCCUUUGUUUGUUUCCGCCAUAAAAGGAGUGUAAAUGUUGAAUGACACCUCAGAAAAGCUGUUAUUUCAAAUAAAAUGAUUCAUGUAUUUUAUGAUAGAAAUGCAAUGUGAUUGCGCUAAA